GGCAGCAUGGUGGGGAAUCAGCAUCAGGCUGUGACGUACCCGUCGUUUCCCAGCCUAUUUACUCCAUCUGUACGAUUCCAUUUCCGAUUGGCUAUAAGUUCUGCUGACAGCACCGUCUCUAACAGGAGAUGACCCUGCUGCUGAGUCUGUGCCGCUAGGCAUGCCGGGAGUGGUAGUCCUUUCCUAAUGGAGUGCGGCGGAAGGACGCGCGCGAUUGCCCUGCACGAACUACAAGUCCCGUGGGGCUGUGUGGCCGCCGCUCCUGGCUCCCCACCGGAGAGAUGACUAGUACAGCAUGUUGUACCGUGCUCUAGCGCCAGCUGAGUACCUGCUCCGGGAUCACAGGCGGUGAGGGGGGAAGAGUCCGGGCUGCGGAUCUGCAACUUCUUUCACCAGGUGCUUCUGGCCACUGUUCUCUGGUGAACAGAAAUCUGUUUAGUAAUGCAGGAGGAGGACCAACCGCAAGAGGUUGGUACGCCGCCAAUGGCGACAUCAGAUGCGACAGAAGAUGGGCCAACUGAUCCUUCUAAUUUACCACACAACAUCUCAGAUGCUGAUGCGUUUCGCAUUCUGUGGGAGAUGAAAAUGAAGAAGAGACAGAAGUGCCCAUCGCUUCCGAGCACUGUGACAGAGCUUAGCACGGAGGAGGGCAGUAAAGUGUACAUUGUAGGCACUGCCCAUUUCAGUGACAGCAGCAAACAAGAUGUGGUGAAGACCAUACAGGAGGUGCAGCCGGAUGUGGUCGUGGUGGAGCUGUGUCAGUACAGAGUAUCAAUGUUAAAAAUGGAUGAAGAAACUUUACUCAAGGAAGCCAAAGAAAUAAAUCUGGAAAAACUUCAUCAAGCAAUUAAACAGAAUGGAGUUAUGUCCGGUCUUAUGCAAAUGCUUCUGCUGAAGGUAUCUGCACACAUCACUGAACAGCUGGGAAUGGCUCCUGGUGGGGAGUUCAGAGAGGCGUUCAAAGAGGCCAGCAAAGUGCCUUUCUGCAAGUUUCACCUCGGAGAUAGACCUAUUCCUGUAACAUUCAAGAGAGCCAUUGCUGCACUUUCCUUUUGGCAGAAGGUCAAGCUUGCCUGGGGUCUAUGCUCGUUAUCGGAUCCAAUCAGUGAGGAUGAUGUGGAGAAGUGUAAGCAGAAAGAUUUGUUAGAGCAGAUGAUGGCAGAAAUGAUUGGCGAAUUUCCUGACCUCCAUCGGACCAUUGUCUCUGAAAGAGAUAUUUAUCUCACCUACAUGCUAAAACAAGCUGCUAGAAGAACAGAACUACCUCGUGCCUCUGAAUCUGAACCUAGAAGGAGUGUCCCAUCCAUAGUUGUUGGAGUAGUUGGUAUGGGACAUGUACCUGGUAUUGAGAUGAAUUGGAGCAAUGAUGUAAACAUCCAAGAAAUCAUGAGUGUGCCUCCCCCAUCAACCCUGAAUAAAAUGAUUACGUUUGCUGCAAAGGUGACAUUUUUUGGACUUGUAGGCUAUGGUUGUUUUUGUGUUAGUAAAAGGACUGUCCGGUUUAUUCUCUCUGUGCCAGCCACACAGUAUUGCCUUCAAAGACUGAACAAGAUGUGGGAUUUUUAAUUUUGUACCAUGAGGAUUCCUGAACUACAGAGCUACAGUAGCUGAGUGCUUUCUGUAGGACUGGUUACACUAACUGUUGUGCUGGCUUCACUAUCACGUUGCCUACAUGAAGUUGCAGUGUCAUCUGAGUACACUUGGUUCACCGCAAAGGGCAGCCACAGCAGGCUCGGAAGACACUGGUCAUACAGAUCUAAAGCUACCCAGAUACGCAUUUUACAAUCUUUUAUAAACCACAGUUUUGCAUUCCAAUUUGUAUCACUUGCUUCGUGUUUUCCUGCCACAUGGUACACUGAAUUUAUUUAUUUAUUUUAUUUAGAUCCAGUUAGAAAUUCUUUUCGCCUCACAGAUUUUUCUGUUACCUUCUUAAGACAUGUACACCGCAGUGAUAAAUUAUACCGCACACUCACAAUUUGUAGGAUUUGGGAGUUUUCUCUUAAUGCAAAUGAUUUUAGUUCUUUGCUAUCUGUCUACAUUUAUGGGUUAUUUCACCGGCACAGAAAUAUUUAAUCAAAACCCAGAAACUUGCACAAGUAAAUUGUAGCGUCUUUUUUUUCUACCAGUGCUAGUAGGUUUGUCUGAAAAUUCGGGGUCCUAUGGACAAUACGUUCCCAUGCGGUCAUUUUAUUUGUGGGAAUGUGUUGAAAAAGUAGCUUGCAAAUGAAAAUAUUUACUGUAGUCUAGGGAAGCAGUUAAAAUACCGUUAUUCGGGAUACCGGCAGUCACAAUGCCAACGCCGGAAUCCGCACUGGUGGUGAAAUGCCGACACUGGAAUACCGGCACCACAGUCUAUUCUCCCUCUGUGGGUGUCCAUGAAAAACGUAGAGGGAGAAUAGAACCUGUGGCGAGCGCAGCAAGGCUGCAAGGGGCUUUCUGGCGCUCGCCCCGCUGCCGGCAUUACAGUGGACGGGAUCCCACUGUCCGGAUCAUGACAUCCGUGAUCCCGUCCGCCGAUAUUUCAUACUGAUCCCAUAGGCUACACCUUAUGUCUUUUUAAGAAGAACCAGUAGGAUGCAAAACCUAUUGAGUUUCAUCUAACAACGAAGAUACUUUAUCAGAUUUGAUGCACUUAGUGCCUGUUACGGUCAGUCAACGUACCAUUAUAGAAGCACCCUUUGGCAUGGUCUAUUUAAAUACAGAAAGUCUGUGUUACAUGAAGCUGUAAGUGAUCACGGUAGUAUAAUGAGAUGUAGGGACUAGGACUAUGUUAUUGCAUUACUUCAGCAUGUACUCAUUGAAGUGUCUACUUGAAUGUAUUAUUUGCUUAACGUGAAUAGUCUCCAAAAUGGCUGCAGCAACAAAGACUAAGUGGGAAAUUUAUCAGUCCUUCUAAUGUGGACUUUUGGGGCUGUUGUCCAUAGCAACCAGUCUAUAAAAUGAUUCCUAGAAUCUGGUUGCUGUGGGCAACACCAAGGCUUGAUAAAUCCCUCCCACCCCUGUAAUUGGGUUAUAUUGUUUUCUUCUUUUGGUGGGUUUCUGUAUACAGAUUGUAACUUAUCUCCCUACAAAUCUCAUUUACGUCACUUAAGGUUUGAGGUUGUUUAGAACUGCCUGUCUGGAGUUUGUCUAUAUAGAAAUUUCUCAAAGAUCAUCGAUGCCUUUCACCCAAGUAUCAUAAAUCAGAUCAAUGGGAAGGGUUUAAUAAACUCCAGUCCCUUUUUUUUUAUACAGAACGGGCUUUCUCUGCAACAAUACCUACAAUGUAUUUUUCUUGGUUUGAUAAUUGUUCCUUUUUUUAAAAAUUCUGCUUGGAAAUUUUGUACUGUACUGUAUAGCAAUUCCAGACAUUACCAUUACUCGCUACUGACUGGCAAUGUACGCUUCCCUAAUAACUUAUCAUGCUUUUGAAAUUGCAAAUCCAUAUGUUGCCUGCCUACUUAAUACUUUUUGGGAUUCUACUGAUCUUGCGAUUUGUUUAGGAACUAAAACUAAGUUUUUAUAAUUGUCCUUAUAUGGGAAUAAACUGCUUUUGUUUGUCUUUGCAUGAAAAUAUUUCAUUCUGUAUGGUCUUUAACCAGCCUUUGUUCCAAACCAAAUAUUUGAAAUGUACCAUUUUGCAGCGAUUUACGAGCUAUUUUUGAAUAUUUGUAUUUUUUUUGACAUUUGCUUUCAUGUGUCUCAGGAAUUUCUAAACACUGUGUGAUUGAAAGGAUGCCUAAAGUGUCCGCUUUUUUUGUUUGUUUGUUUUAUUCCACUUUUUUUUAAUAACAUUUGAGGUUUUGGGGUUUUCUCUUCUUCAUGAACAUAAACCCCAGUCAAUUCUGAUUUAAAAAGUAGUUUAUGAAAAUGUAAAAAAAAGAAAAUCUCUCUCUCUCUCUCUCUCUCUCUCUCUCUCUCUCUCUCUCUCUCUCUCUCUUCAUUUUUUUUUCUUUUAAUAUAAAAUAAUGGCUUGCCUGAUAAGUAUUCUAGGUUUAAAGCUCUUAGCUACAGUGAAAUAUAUAGAAAAUGAUUUGGUAUACAGGACACCUAUUGAGGCAACUAUUUUCUUACUUUAGUUGGGGAUUUAAACAUCCCAAACAGAACGCAAUGGGGCCAUUUCAAACUCAGUGAUAUUUCUGUACCCCUGCAGCUCAGAUGCAUUCCCACUGAGAAUAUGAUGCAGCAGGUAACUAAGUUAACUGUUAAUCUUUUUUGUAGGUUCUGUAUCGCCUCCAUUUAUUUUGCCUGUAAAAGAGCACUUUGUGUUUACUCACAGAGCUAGUAUCCUAAUUCUGGGAGUCCUCUAAUUAAAUUCCAACAGCAAAUUGAUCAUUGGCAAGUUUUUGUACUUUCUUACUACAGAAAUCCUCUGAUUUGCUUUUUGUGUCUUACUGCUUUAGCAAUUUUGAAUAAAAGUGCCAUAAAUGUAUGUAUUACAGAUAUAUCAACUGUAUACAUAAUGUAGGUUUUCUUUUGUGCUACCCUGUUAUGUAACCAAUGUAUAUGCUGUCCUAUGCAGCUUGAAUCUCUCUCCCCGCCUCACUCCACGCCAUGGUCAGAAGCAGUAAUUGGCUGCUAACACAUGGGACUAAACAACCCUUUUACAUUGGGGAAAUUUGCCAUCAAUAAUAAUGCUAAAUAUUUAUUUUCUAUAAUUAUUUUGUCAAUGUAAUGAGCAAUACAUUUUUAUCCUGGUUAAGUUAUGAUCCUCUUAGGCUUAUAAUAAGUUGCCUGGUUAUUUUACUCCUUUUCCAUUUAACUGAAGACGUAUGUGUACGUAUGGGUUUAUUUCUAGUCAUAACGUUUAUUUUAAGGGGUGUUGUUAGCAUGCAGGUACAUAGAAGCUUUUUCUACUCUGGUGUGUGUUCUUGUGUUAUGUGAUUUUCUUUUGCAUUAUUAUUAUCCCUCUUUUUCUAUUCCUUGUCUUUAAAUGACAGAAAUUAUCUAUAACCCAUAUCAAGCCUAUACAUAUAGUGUCCCUGCUUUUACUGAAGUUGUAAAGCCAUACAGUUUUAUUUGCCUGAUUUUCAUAAAUAUACAUUUGCUAGGUAGCAUUUGUAUACGUUUUUACAAUAGCGGCGUGCCUUUUUAAGGUUAUGGGGAACAUUGUGAUUUAUAUGAUAAAAAAUAAAGAAUUGCAACAGUGA